ACCACCGCGACGAGCAUUUGCAUCAAGUCAGCCAUCGAGCUUUGUUCUACCAUUGCACGCCACUUCGCGCCCCACCCGGCGACCAGCGGCUGCAAUUUCACUUGACAACCUUUUUUUGUCUGCCGGUCACGCCGGCAAUUCGCUUUGCGCCGUCGCAGUCUGCCUCGAGUCCCGCGUCUUCCACGCUCUAGCACCACCAUCACGACCAACGCACCCGCUCACAUCUGGCGGUGAUGGCGAUAGAACCCGCUUACACCGCGGUGAGGGCGCGACAGACGCUCGUGCCUGAGCCUGUCGCUCCAACUACGCCUCCGCCAGCUCAAAAGGUGGAGUUCCCUCAGUCACUCAAAACCUGGGUGAACACAGCCUUCUUCGAGUAUAACAAUCUCAAGACGGAGCCCGCGUUUGCUUCUAUUUCCGAUGCCGACAUUCGAGCCAAGUUGUCCGCCACAAUUAGAGAAGCACAAGAGAACGGCACCAUGCAGGCGCGCGACUGGGCAUCGUACCCCUUGCCUCAUCAACUGCUUCUUGAUGAGCGUCGCAAAUCUAUGUACAUGGCGCAGAACGCCAUGCUAGCUAACCUUCAUUCCGACUUGGGCACAUAUGGCAUUGCUUCGCCCACAGCGAAUAGCAAGAAGAGGAAGUCAGCGAGCCAGGAGCUGGUCGAUGAGAAUGGCCGCGCCGUGACUCCACCCUGGAAGAAGUCGCAUACCAAGAGUAUUGCCGACCGAAUCAGCGGUCCAAGUAAGAAACAGGAGAAGAAGAACAACAACAACAAGAGCAACGCAAAGAUCGGCAAGUUCGACAACAGCGAGGCGGCUCUUGAGAGACGUCGCCAGCGCUUCGGUCACGUUUCGUCUGAUUUAUCUUCGCCUCAUUAUCGUGAUGACUCUUCCACGGUGCAUGCCAGUUCUGGACCCAUCGUCGGCACUUGCGAAAUUCUCGAGAAGAGAUAUUUCAGGUUGACAGCUCCGCCUCAUCCCAACACCGUGCGACCUCUUGCCCUCCUGGAGAAAGCGCUCGAACAUGUCAUAGGCCGAUGGAAGGAUUCCAGAGAUUACACGUAUGUGUGUGACCAGUUGAAGUCUAUCCGACAGGAUCUCACUGUGCAACAUCUGAAGAACAACUUCACCAUUCGAGUAUAUGAGGUGCACGCACGAAUUGCACUGGAGAAAAAGGAUCUGGGUGAGUACAAUCAAUGUCAGACACAACUUCGUGGUCUGUACAAGAUGAAGUUGGGAGAGAACGGCGGCAGUGGGGGUAACCAGGAUGAGUUUACGGCGUAUCGUAUCUUGUACUUGAUUUAUACGCGCAAUCGGACCGACAUGAACAACAUGUUGGCCGAUCUAACCACAGCAGACAAGAAGGGACCCUUUGUUCGACUUGCACUGAAUGUUCGACAAGCAUUGGCUGCUGGCAACUAUCACAGAUUCUUCAAGCUCUACAAUGAAGCACAAGAUUGGAACAUGGCGCCCUUCUUGAUGGACAUGUUCAUCGAAAGGGAGCGUGUCAGUGCCAUGACGGCUAUCUGCAGAGCGUACAAGCCAGACGUGAGCAGCACAUUCCUAACCCAGGAGCUCGGCUUUGCAGUAGACGAGGAUGAGUCAGUAUUCGAAUCCGACCAGCUACGAACCUGCCUCGACUUCAUCGCGCGAUACGGUGGGCAGCAUCUUGUGCAAGAGAAAGACGGCGAUGUCCGGGUGACGACUGGUAAAGCCGGCAACCUGUUCGAAGGGGCGAAACAAUCUGCAUUUGGCAGAGUCGACAUCAAGGGCCAGAUAUGAUUCCCAUCCCGUCCCUUUUGCGCGAGCCUUCUCUUACUCUCUCGUCGUCAUCGCUGCUCGAACCUCACCAGCCACACUAACAUCCAAGAAGCCGAGCGGGGAGUCAAGGCAGACGCUGAUCGCAAGGUCGCGCGGGCACUCACCAACGGCAGCUCUGCCGAUUUACUUACCUGAAGCUGCGUCGGAAGUCGAAGUGGCCUGCAACACGACGCGGAGCGUGUGAAAGAUGAGGAAAAGCGAAACGAUGGGAACACAGCACUGUGACAUUCAGAGCGAUAGAAAGGCGUAUGCGUUUGCAUUGUCGGUUUGCAUUGUCGGUUUGUAUUGAAGACAGUAUACGCGGAUGGCAUUGAGUGUACUGCAGGCGUUAGAAACGGGUAUGAGCAGGCAGAGAAACAGUGCUCGUAGCAUAGCCAGUCCAAUGAAUGAGGCC